AAGUCGGUUUUUGGUUGUUUUUAAGAUUUUCUUUUAAAAAAAAAGAGUUUUGAAGUUUCUUGGUUUGUUCUUCUUCUAGAAUGGCUCCAGAUAACAACAACUGGUUAUCAUUUUCUUUGUCUUCUAUGGAAAUGUUGAACUCUUCUUCUUCUCAUCAUCAUCAGUCUAAUAAUAAUUCUAUUCUUCAUCAUCAAUCCAACAUGAAAUUUGAUCUUGGUUCUUCUUCUGCUGAUUCUCAUCAGUACUAUUUUGCUGAUAACUUCUUUCCCCAUGGUUGGUCUAAUCCAAAACCUCAAAUAAUGUAUUCAGAAGCCGAAAAAGAAGUUAUAGGAAUAAACAUUAAUAACGAUUCUUCGAUUUUCCAAAACUUUGUUGAACACCUUCCACCAAAGCUUGAAGAUUUUCUUGGUGGUGACUCGUCUUCAUUGACUCAAGAUUCGUCUUCGUUAACUCACAUCUAUGAAAAUCCAACUGGCUCUGCUGCUACUGCUGCUUAUAGUAACUACAAUGAUCAUCAAGAUCUCAAAAAUAUAACUGGGUUUCAAGCUUUUUCGACUAAUUCGGGUUCUGAAGUUGAUAACUCAGUUGGUACUGAGUUUGGUACUACUGAGUCAUGUAACGAGUUGGGUUAUUCUGUUGCUCCUCCUCCUCUGCUGCCUACGGGCAGCGGAGGUGGAGCUUUGUCGUUAGCUGUUAAUGCUACGAUGACUACUAAUCAGUGCUCGGAAAAUGAAAAAGCUAUUGUUGCUGUUGUUGAUUCUCAGAGUUGUAAGAAAAUUUCUGAUACUUUUGGUCAAAGAACUUCUAUUUACAGAGGUGUAACAAGACAUAGAUGGACAGGAAGAUAUGAAGCUCAUCUAUGGGAUAACAGCUGUAGAAGAGAAGGUCAAGCAAGAAAAGGGCGUCAAGGUGGAUAUGACAAAGAAGAAAAAGCAGCAAGAGCAUAUGACUUGGCAGCUCUGAAAUAUUGGGGUCCCACAGCUACCACCAACUUCCCUGUUUCCAAUUAUACUAAAGAAUUGGAGGAAAUGAAAAACAUGACUAAGCAAGAAUUCAUUGCCUCUCUAAGAAGGAAAAGUAGUGGUUUCUCCCGAGGAGCUUCAAUAUACCGUGGUGUGACAAGGCAUCAUCAACAAGGUCGUUGGCAAGCAAGAAUUGGCCGGGUUGCUGGAAACAAGGAUCUUUACCUAGGAACAUUCGCUACUGAGGAGGAAGCAGCGGAAGCUUAUGACAUAGCAGCAAUAAAGUUCAGGGGAGUGAAUGCAGUGACCAACUUCGAGAUGAAUCGAUAUGAUGUCGAGGCCAUCAUGAAAAGCUCCCUCCCUGUUGGGGGAACCGCGAAGCGUUUGAAACUCUCCCUUGAAUCGGAGCAGAAAUCAUUGUCGAUCAAUAACAACCAUCACCAGCAGUUGACUCAAUGCAACAACAGCAGCAGUAGCAAUAACAUCAAUUUCGGUGCAAUGCCACCCGUCUCUUCUAUCCCCUGUGGUGUGCCAUUCGAUACAACCACCCCUGCUUUCUAUCAUCACAACUUCUUCCAGUACCUCCACCCCGGCAACACAAGUGUGCCCGAUGCUUCUGGUGCUGCUACGACUACAAUGGCAGCUGCAAUGCCGUUACUCCCCUCGGCUGCUGAUCUCUUCAUCUGGCCUCACCAAUCCUAUUGACCAACCUCAAAGUGAUAUAAUAGCUAGCUAGCUAGUUUUUACUGAUUAGCGAAAUUCGACUCUUGCUAAUGUGUUAAAUCGUCUAUUGUUUUCGUGCUGACCCUUUCUCUUCUGACCCCUGAUAGCGUUUUUAGUGUAGCGUUUAACCGGUAUCCGGUAUCCGGUAUAGACAGGUUCAAUGUUGUAAAGUGGCUUCAAUUACAAGACUUUUUUAAGUAGUAGAUGCAAUGUUGACAAGGGUACUUAGGGAGCACUCAUUGUGGAAAAAUUUUGAUUUUUCUUUUUCUCUAGUUUCCUCAGCUUUGUUGAGUUGCUCCCAAGGACCAUAUGGAUGUUUUGCUGGUCGAAUUGACAUAUAAAAAAAGAAGAAAAUGAUAUAAAGCUCUUUACAUUUUGCAAUUAACCAGUUUUU